GAAGGUGGGAGCUGUACAGAAAGAGACUGCAGUUUACUUCACCUCCUUCUUUCCCCCUUUAUCUUUCAAUCUUCUUCCUCUUUGUCUGGAUAGGGAAGAGAAGCAGAAGAAACAGAGAUGGGAAACUGCCAAGCCAUAGAUGCUGCAGCCUUGGUGAUACAGCAUCCCUGUGGGAAGAUAGAGAGGUUGUAUUGGCCUGUCGCAGCAAGUGAGGUAAUGAGAAUGAAUCCAGGACAUCAUGUUUCUUUGAUCAUCCCAUUGCCUGCCCCCGGUGAAGAGAAUCAGGAUCAGAAGACUGUCCGAUUCACCCGGGUUAAGCUUCUCCGGCCAAGUGAUACACUUACCCUUGGCCAUGCUUAUAGGCUUAUCACUUCUCAAGAGGUUAUGAGGGUCUUGCGAGAGAAGAAGCAUGCAAAGGUGAAGGCGCAGCAGCUGGGAUCUGUUGAGAAGUUGCAGAAGGCACCGGAGAAUCAAAGUUCAGGAUGUGAGUCAGGAAGAAAGUCUGACAUGGAGAAGAACUUCCAGGCAAUGAAGAAAGAAAGACACCGGCCAAGGACAGCAUCAGUGAACUCUGCAGCGAUGAGGUCAAAAGCAUGGAGACCCUCAUUGCAGAGCAUCUCUGAGGCUGCAAGCUGACGGGGAGAUGGUGCUUUAAAGUUUCAAUUUCAGCAUGCAGAUUGUGUUUGAAAAAGACAAUGAUCUGCAUCUUUCAAUUCAAGAUGGUCUUUAUGGAUAAACUCUCCCAAGACAUGGAAAUAUGAAUCAACUAAAUGCAUGGAAGUUGUCAUCAAGAUUUCCGGUUGCAGAUAAAGCUCCCAUAUUCAACUGUUCUUGAAAUAAUAAAAGGCAUCUGUAUAGCUUCAAAAUGAAAAAUAGAUCUUACAAUGUAUU